AAAAAAAAAACUUCAUGAAAGCAUGUUGGUCGGUAAGUUUUAAGUCGCCCCAUUUCCGGUGGCAGCCUGAUAAAUCUCCGGCGAACCUAGCCUGGCCACUAUGCUCUUUCAAGUGGAAGAAGCAUAGGAUAUUUUAGAAUGUGCUGUCGAGAAUCAGUACGAAGCACAUCAAUCGAAUUCCCUUUUUCAUCCAUAAAUAAUGUCACCAUGUUCAUCCUUCCAACACUCACAGCAAUCUCUUCUUCAUCCCCCACCCCUGUUUUCCCCCUCCCAUACUCUGUUUCAAACAGAGACUAACAGCGAUAUGGUCAAAUUCUCCAAGCAGUUUGAGGGUCAGUUGAUCCCUGAAUGGAAACAUGCCUUUGUUGAUUAUUGGCAACUUAAAAAGGACCUCAAAAAACUAUAUCUUCUUAAAACUGAUAACCCCGCCACCGCUGCAGCCACCGCCACUGCCACCGUUGCGGCUGCAAGUAGUACCCUAUGGUCUUCUGUAAAAAAAAUCUCUAUAUUUGGCCACCAACGCCGAGAUCAUGGGCCUAUUCAUGUUCAUAAGAAACUUGCUUCCUCUGUUAGCAAGGGAGACAUGUAUGAAACGGAACUGCUGGACCAAUUUGCCGAUUCGGCUGCGGCGAAAGAAUUCUUUUCCUGUCUGGACUUCCAGCUUAAUAAGGUGAACCAGUUCUUCAAGACAAAGGAGGGAGAGUUCAUGGAGAGAGGAGACAGCUUGAAGAAACAAUUGGAGAUUCUCAUUGACCUGAAGACGGCACUCCAGCAGCGGCGCCAGACCGGUGAUAUCGCACCGGAUUCAAAGGAGGAGGGUUCCAUCUCCUACACAAUUUCUUGUGAGGAGGAGUCCGUUAAGGACAAAACUGGGCAAGAACACUCACAAGAGAACAUCAAUGAGGACUCCGAGAAGACUGAGUUGGCAUUUUCAGACUCUCCAAGAUCAGAAGAAAUGGGAAACUCAACAAGAACUAAAAGCUUGGAUCGAAAAUGGAGAUCAUUCUCGGGUCGGGUUAUAAGUUUCCAUGGGAAGAAUAUAAGGUUGAACAUUCCUCUGACCACCCCAUCUCGGACCUUCUCGGCGAUAAGCCAUUUGUUCAGGGAAGAUUUGGCGAAUUCAAAGAAAUGCAAUGAAGGUACAAAACUUCACAUCAAUAAGACUAGAUUGCAUCAUGCAGAGAAGAUGAUUAAAGGAGCUUUUGUUGAGCUCUACAAGGGGUUGGGUUUUCUCAAAACUUACAGGCACUUGAACAUGCUUGCUUUCAUAAAGAUUUUGAAGAAGUUUGACAAAGUCACUGGAAAACAAGUUCUUCCGAUUUAUCUGAAAGUAGUGGAGAGUUCAUAUUUCAACAGCUCAGACAAGGUUAUAAAGCUAGCAGAUGAGGUAGAGGAGCUAUUUGUCAAAAACUUUGCCGAGGAUGACAGAAGAAAGGCCAUGAAAUACCUUAAACCGAAACAGCGUAAAGAGUCACAUGGCAUUACCUUCUUCGUCGGUCUGUUCACAGGUUGUUUCAUUGCACUUCUGGCUGGUUAUGUUAUUAUGGCUCAUAUCAUGGGGACGUACAAAAGGCACCCUUUCUCAAUUUACAUGGAGACUGUAUACCCAGUACUUAGCAUGUUCAGCUUGAUGUUCUUACAUUUCUUCCUCUAUGGCUGCAACAUCUUUGCAUGGAGAAAGACUCGAAUAAAUUACAGCUUCAUUUUCGAGUUAUCAGCUACCAAGGAACUUAAGUACAGAGAUGUGUUCUUGAUUUGUACUACUUCAAUGACUGCUGUCAUGGGGGUUAUGUUUGUUCAUUUGUCAUUGCUUUCAAAAGGGUACUCUUAUACUCAAGUUCAAGUGAUCCCUGGCGUUCUCUUGCUGACUUUCUUGCUAUUACUUUUGUGCCCAUUCAACAUUUACUAUCGUUCAAGCCGCUACCGUUUCCUCCGUGUGAUGAGAAAUAUAGCCUUUUCACCUCUCUAUAAGGUAGUGAUGUUGGAUUUCUUCAUGGCAGACCAACUAUGUAGUCAGGUCCCCAUGCUGCGAAACCUUGAGUAUCUGGCCUGCUACUACAUAACAGGAAGCUACAAAACACAGAAUUACAAUUACUGUAUGAACGCGAAGCAUUACCGCGAUCUCGCUUAUGCAGUUUCAUUUCUACCCUAUUAUUGGAGAGCAAUGCAGUGUGCGAGGCGCUGGUUCGACGAGGGACAGACAAGCCACCUUGUCAAUCUAGGAAAAUAUGUCUCUGCAAUGUUGGCUGCAGGAGCCAAAGUGGCAUAUGAGAAAGACAAGGCCAAAGGUGUUGGAUGGCUAUGUCUUGUGGUGGUUAUGUCAAGUGGAGCAACUGUGUACCAAUUGUACUGGGACUUUGUAAAGGAUUGGGGAUUGCUUCAAAUGAAUUCCAAAAAUCCAUGGCUUAGAAAUGAUCUAAUGCUUCGAGGAAAGACCAUUUACUAUGUUUCCAUGGGCUUGAACUUUAUUCUUAGGCUUGCAUGGCUGCAAACUGUUCUCCAUUCAACUUUUGGACAAGUUGAUUCAAGGGUAACUGGACUUUUCUUAGCAGCUCUUGAAGUCAUUAGAAGAGGGUUGUGGAACUUUUUCAGGUUGGAGAAUGAGCAUCUUAAUAAUGCUGGGAAAUUUAGAGCAGUUAAUCCAGUGCCACUUCCAUUUGAUGAGGUUGAUGAGGUAGACUGAUGCCUAUCAGCAACAGUCACUUAUGGAAUUCGAAUUGACGCCAACCGAUGAUCUCCACGGAACAAAUGUUCCAGAGGAAUCUUAUUGUCCCCUUUCACAAUCAACAAGGAAGCAACCUGAUUCUUAGUGCUCGAGGUUCACUAGAUUUUGGGGACAGUUCAUACACUUGUACACAAUUAUUUUUUUCUUAACCUUUGAAAGGAAAAAUCAUUCAAAAACUGCACAGUUAUGUUACUUCUCUAGUAGCCAACUGUGACAAGAAUUUAUCAUGUUCUUCCUUCAUAUUUACUCACAAUUCAACAAAUGAUCUUAUUCUUACCAGAAUACACACAAUUUUUCAACACACCCCUGUCAACACUAUGCAUCAUCAACAAAAAAAAAGGCAGCAGUAAAUAGCCAAACAUUUAGCACAAAUCAUAUGGAAUACAACUCCUCUUAGUCCUGCCUUUCUUUCUAA